UCCUCCAGAUUAAAACUGCAGUCUGCAUGUCUUCCUUUUAGGAAAACAGCAGACGAUUCCUCUUUACUGGAGAGAUAUUAUUCAGUAGUUUUAUGUCCUGCCCACUGCUGCUGCUGCACUGCUCUCAAACUCCACCCAGUGACGCACUUCCGCCAAGAUGGUAGUAGGCGCUUUCCCUAUUGCAAAGCUGCUCUAUUUGGGCGUUCGUCAGCUCAGCAAACCAGUGGCCAACAGAAUUAAAGCAGGAGCGAGGAGAAGUGAAUUCUUCAAGAAUUACAUAUGUCGUCCUCCGGCAAAUGCAUACCACUGGAUCGAGAUGAAAACGAAGAUGAGGAUAAUGGGCUUUCGUGGCUCUGCCAUCAAACCACUUAACGAGGAUGCGGCUGCAGAGCUGGGAGCCGAACUGCUCGGCGAGGCCAUCAUCUUUAUCAUCGGCGGCGGCUGCCUCGUACUCGAGUACAGCAGGCAGGCGGCAAACAGCCGGAGAAAGGAAGAGGAGCUGAAUGUCACGAUCAGCAGCCUGCAGACACAAAUCGGAGAGCUUGCCCUGACCACAGAAACUUUAGACGCUCAGCUUCGUGAGGUCAACAGGCUUCUACUGUCCUUGCCGUCUGCCCCGAGUGGCAAAUAACAACCAUAAACAUUAACACGUGGCUUUGAGUGUAACAGACAGACUAAAUCUGUAUGUGUGAUGUCCUACAAUACAAAGAAGCAACAACAUGAUAUAUAAUGACACUUAAUUAAAAUCCUUCCACACACACACAACCUGUCAUCAACAUUUAAGAGGGCAACAGAACCUGUGAUUUAGUACGUCUUCAUUUUGUGGCUUGGUUCAGUAUUGCAUAUAUGGAGAGCAAAUGAUUCAUAUAUCACACUCACCAGAAACAUUUCAUUAGAAAACUGAGUUUGAUUUGAUGGCUGUAGCUUGUUUAAGGUCAUUUCAAAUAAGCUAAUUCUUUGCUGAAUCCGGUUAUUUAAUAUCGACUGUUUGCUGCUCACAGUGAGGGAACUUAAAGUGCAGUUCCUUUGGUUGGGUUAGCGAUGCUAUUUUUUUGCACUCAGCUAUUCCAUUGAAAUGAGUCUGAUGUGUUCGAGCGAUGCAAAGGAGACUGCAAAUAGGCUAGGGAUCAUUUUAUUAAUGAUAAAUUUGACAAAAUUGACUCAAAUUUGUGAUAACAAACCUCAUGCCUGUGUAGUGCUACCGUUUGUUUUGAAGAACGGAUGGAACGUGCAGUGCGAGAAGUGUAUAUUGAUUAUUGUAAAAUAAAAUAAAUGUACUAUA